CCCUGCAGGUUUGGCCUAUAGCCACAUUUAGUUGCUGAUCUUAUUAACUCAGAGAAAGGAAACCCCACCAACGUAAUACCACAGUAAUCCUGAGGCCAUACUAAUCAGCUGUCUCAUUUGUAAACUAGAGCUUUGGGAUUCCACUGAGUUAUAAAAAGCACCUAAGAGUAUGAGAUGCCCAUUUCAAGUCUGGCCAAUCCACUGUGGACAAUAUACCCAAAGGCUACAGGACGAUGGACUGUUAAAUUACGAGCCAGCCAUGGGGCAAACACAGCAAACAGAAAACAAUGAGGAGAUUGAUGUCAAAGCACUUCAGGACAUGUAUAAAAGGUUUGUCAUGGAGUGCCCAAGUGGACUACUUUUCCUGCAUGAGUUCAAGCGUUUCUUUGGCGUGGACCCAACGGGGGAAGCGUCAGAUUACGUGGAAAACAUGUUUCGAGCUUUUGACAGAAAUGGGGACAAUACAAUUGAUUUUCUUGAGUUUGUGGCAGCACUGAAUCUUGUUUUCCGGGGAGACCUGGAACAUAAACUGCGGUGGUCAUUCAAGGUGUAUGACAAAGACAACAAUGGCUAUGUGGACAGGGACGAACUACGGUCAAUAAUUGAUAGUAUUUAUCGGAUAAAGAAAGGCACAAAGACAGACACAAGUGAUUCGCAGCUUACAGUAGAUGAGGUUGUGGAUCGAAUAUUCCAGGCGGUUGAUACUGAUGGAGAUGGUCAUAUUAACAUGGAAGAGUUUAUUAGAGGUGCACAGCAGGACCUCUGGGUGCUCAACAUGUUGAAGUUGGACAUGAACCCUGCCGGAUGGGUGCUGGAGCAGAGGAGAAGGAGUGCACACUUCUGAAAUGUCAAAGCACAUUGGCCUUUCCCAUGUGGACGAUCAAACACCGUUAAAAUCCAGCUAACUUAACUAAAAUCAGGAUUCAUUUUGGAUACUUUUGCCCACAUGUUCGGAACUGGCCAUCACUUUUGAGUAAAGUAACAAUAGCACAUAAUAAUUACUACUUCUUCUUUUGUAUACAUUAUUUUCUCUUCCCACUGUUAAAAUCAUAAUAGUUAAGCUUAAUUAUGUCAUCUUUAAAUACUGUUCAAACAAUUUACAAAGUGCAUACCUGUCUAGCCUAUAUAUUGCUUGCUUGCUCAAGUAACAACC